UCCAAUCAUCCGUUCAUUUCAUUCACUUUGUGCCAAUCACAUUGUCUCUCGCUUUGCUGCCGUUUGAUUUCUCAGUUCACGCACCGCCAUCUUUCUUUUCCAACCAAUUUUGUCUGCAGCGAGGAGAAACCAUGGGUACUGUUGAGCGUGCUGGUGAUGCGACCUCGGAGGUGGAGUCCGGCGAGGAGGAGGAGAUUGUUGGUGGUGGUGAACUGGCGCAGCACCUCAUGAAAAGUGGCAUGACCCGCGGCGAGAUGCUAGCGGCCAUCACCAACCGCAUCCACGCGGAGGCCAUAGCGUCGCUCCCUCCCAACGUGAGACGGCGGGUUCGGGCGCUCCGGGCGCUCCAGAAGGAAUUCGUCGACGUCGAGUCCAAGUUCUACAGCGAGGUGCACCAGUUGGAGUGCAAAUAUGAGAAGCUGUACAAGCCAUUGUUUGAGAAGCGCGCUCAAAUCGUGAACGGCGCCUACGAGCCUACGGACAACGAGUGCCUGAACCCGUGGCGCGACGAGACUGAGGAGGAGGAGUUAGCCCGCGCCGUGCAGCAGGCCGCGCUCACCGACGGCGAGGACAAGAAAGACGGGGAGGCGGCCAAACCGCCCGCUGAGCCCCCAAUGGACCCCAACGUUAAAGGAGUGCCCGACUUCUGGUACACGAUAUUCAGAAACGUGUCCAUGCUGUGCGAGAUGAUGCAGGAACAUGACGAGCCUAUCCUUAAGACCUUGCAGGAUAUUAAAGUCCUAAUGCACGAAGAUCCGAUCGGCUUUACGCUGGAGUUCCACUUCGCGCCUAACGACUAUUUCACAAACACGGUGCUAACUAAGGAGUACUCCAUGAAGUGCAAGCCUGAUGAGGAGAACCCACUAGAAUUUGAAGGCCCCGAAAUCUAUUCAUGCAAGGGCUGCGAAAUCAACUGGAAAAAGGGGAAGAACGUGACAGUCAAGACGAUAAAGAAGAAACAGAAACACAAGUCCCGUGGGUCUGUGCGCACGGUCACCAAGUCUGUGCAGGCGGACUCAUUUUUCAACUUUUUCUCGCCGCCGGCCAUGCCAGAGGACCCUAACUCCACUCUAGCGUCCGAUAUCCAGGCGCUACUGACGGCGGACUUCGAGAUCGGCCACUACAUCCGCGAGCGCGUCGUGUCCCGCGCCGUGCUGCUGUACACGGGCGAGGGGCUCGACGACGAUGAUGAUGAUGAUUACGAGGAGGAGGAGGAUUCGUAUUCCGACGAGGACUCUGGUACCGAGGAAGUCUCGGACGCGGACGACUGAUGCGACCCCUAGCCUUAUGUAGCACCGAGAGGCCUUUAUGCGCACAUAUCUAGCACAUAUUUAGAUACUAAACACUAUAUCGCCUAGCGACAAGUGAUAGGCUGUUAAUACUCUACAAUGAACCCGGUAGAAUUAUAAAUUCAUAGUUAACGCCGCUAGAUGUUAUUAGGAUAUACUCGCGACCCUGAUCUAUGCAUGGUUUAUCCUCUGACCGGAUAAAUAUGUAGUAGACCAACCGGUUGGCAGCUCGCGAGAGGUGCCUUAGAUGCACGACUUUGCAUGUCUGUUAAGAUAAAUUUAUUGCAUUUCUAGUUUAUUUUAUACAAUAAUUUCGUUUUUAUUUAUUAUUAUAAUAUUAAUAUGAUAGUGUAGAGUGUAUUUUUCUUUACUCGUUUUACAUAUUUGAUUGUACUUUAAAUUUUAAUGUGAUAUUACGAUUCACGAAGGCUAUUAAUGUUUUUUCUACUAUGUAUGAAAUUAAGUGUCAUUCCAUCGUGAAGUUGUCGCCGUGCGACUGAAUCUCUAGUGCCAAAUGCAUUUCUACUCGAGCAUCGCAAUACCUGUGAUCUUUCUCUCAAAGAUAUAUUUUAAUAGUGACUUGACAAUAGCUAGAUCGAUAGUCGUAUAAUUUAUUUAUGAAACUUUUUAUUGAAGUUAGCAUAAUAUCGUCAAGUGUAGCAGCUCGUCAGGUAGUUUUACAUAAUGGUUAGGUAUGGCUUGUUUUGGCAUGAUGUCGCUAAAAUGUCAAUAAAAAUUAUAUGCUUUUUA